AUGAAGCGCGACGACCCCCCCGCGGCGUGUGAAGGGCUUUGCGGCUCCAGCCGCGCCCUCCCCCCGCCGGCUGCGCCUCCUGUCUCCGGCGCCCCUCCGGCGCGGAACGGGCUCGACAGCGACAAGCGGGGGGGCGACGAGGCCCGCGCCGCUGUCGUGCGCGCCUUGGUUGAGCAGGUGCAUCUGAAUGGAGGCUUCUGCGCGGGAGCGGGCUUGAGUGGAGCCAAGCAAGAGCUUGGAAACCCGUCUGCGCUCUCUGCGCCGCCGCCUGCCCCACGCGUGAAUGGCGAUCGUGCGACAGCGGGGCUUCUGUCGGGCCUGCCGAAUGGCGCGUCGGCGCUGCGGCCGCAUGUGGGCGCGGCGACGCGCAGCGAGGCGCACGCGCCUGCCUCGGCGGCGCAGCUCGCGGCGGGAGGCAGCAGCCAGGGGGCGGAGCCGGCCCCAGGAGCUCUUGUGGGCGCGUCGAACGCUUCCGUGGUCUCCGCAGAAGGUCGGUCUUCGUCAUCCGAGCAGGAGCCCUCGCGGCUGAGCGUCGCGUCGGCGGCCGCGCGCCCACCCGACCGAGUCCCCCGCCUCGGCAGCGCCGCGUCUCCGCCGACCGCGGAGGAGGAGGCGUCUGCCUCUUCGGCUCACCCGGCGCAAAAUCUCCCAGGCUCUGCACCUUCGUCUGUGCCUGCUGCUUCCGCGGGCGUCGCCUCCUCGUCUCUGCCUCCAUUCGUCUUUCCUCUGUAUCCGUACGUGCCGCCGGCGCAUCUUCUGCAGCCGACGCGCUGCCAGCCUGCACUGCUCCCUCUCAGCCUUCUCCACUCUCUCUCCGUUCCUUCUCUCCUCGCGCCGCCGGCGGCUGUGGGUGGAGCCGCGCAGGCGCCGCCCGGCGCCGCAGCCGCGCUGCCUCGGCAGUCUCCACGGCCGCCUGCUUCUUCUGUCGCCGCGUCCGCGCCUUCGUCCUCUUCGCCUGCUUCUCAGGUGUCUGCGGUGCCCUCUGUCGCGCCUCCCCUGAACUGUGCGUCUGUCGCGUUUCCACUGCUCUAUCCGCACCUGGCGGCGGCGCGGCGGCUGCCGCCUCUCUCGUCUCUGCCUGCCUCUGCGCCGGCGAACGCACCCGCUCUGCGUUCCCAGUUCUCCGAACUCCUCAGACACCUGCCCGCCUCGUCGCUGGCCUCCCUCGCGGCGCGCGCGGGCAAGGCCGCGGCGCCUCUUGUCUCUGGGACCGCGCGGGGCCCCGCGGCCGCGGCCCUCGACGGAGACAAGGCCCUUCUCGCCACGUCGCUGCCCGCCUCUCUCGCGGCGGGCGCAUCAAAUAAAGCAGUCGCCGCCCCAGGCUGUUCUCCGCUUGCAGCGCCUCCUGCGGAGGCGGCGGCCGCGCGCCUGCCGCUCGCCGCGGCUGUGCCCCAGUCUGCGGCGUUAGCGUCUUCGCUGGCGAGCGCGGUCUCCGCGCCGGCGGCCGCUGCCGGCUGGUACGCGGCGCGGUAUGGACCUGGCGGCGGCGUCUGCGGGGCGGUGUGUGCGUAUGAGCGGAACUACAAGGCAGUGCCGACGGCGCUGAAGAAUCUCGAGACGUUUUGCGCAGAGCGAAGGCGGCGCGUGCGCGAGAGCUUCCUGCAAGACCGAAGGGAGGUGCUCAAGGAUACUGCCCGCAUGGUUCAGCCCUUCCGCGUAGUUAAGACGAUCAAAAUCGUCGAGAAACGCCUUAAGCGCAUCCCAGUCGCCCCGCGCACUCGCGGCGCGCCUCGGGCCCUGGAGGCUCCUGGCGCGGCCAGCAGCGGCAGCCCGAUGACGGACGAAGAAGCGCCGAAGCGCGAGGAAGCCACGACUCCAGAGGUCGGCGCAGAGGAAAAAACGGCGCGACAGCAGAGCGCGCCGUCUGCGCUGCGGAGACCGGAGGACGCCAGCAGCGACGUCAGUGCCCCGCCGCAGCACGGUAACCACAGCGCCGCGCACGAUCUCCCCCGAGGCGCGUCACCGGAGGCCGACGCGGCCGGAGAGGCGUCCCCCCGUGUUGAGGCGGAUGCGUGCCCUUCGAUAAGCACCUCGAAUGAGGAGAAAACAGAGGCCGAUGCCGAUGAGGCAGCUGACGACGACGAAGCUCGUCGCGGGGCUGCUUUGCCAGAUGAGGGCGCCGCAGAGGCUCCUGUCGCCGGCGCUGCGGAGGCGCAUGUGAGCGAGAGUGACGCGGAGGGGGCACGACCGCGGAAGCGGCAGGUCGAGUCGGUGGAAGAAGAGAGGGGGAGGGGCAAGAGAAGUCGACUCGGCCUCGAGAAAGAAGGCGGAGAGAGCGAGGAGACGCACUACGUCGUGGAAGAAGAACGGGUCUCGAUUGUCAAGCUUCAUAGCCUGAAGGAGGUUGUUGCGCACCUUCUCCCCUACCAUACGUACUACGUGCCUGAUCUCGAGGCGUUGGCUUCGCCCGCCGCAGAAGACGAAGAGGAGGCUGCGGCACGACGGGCGCGCAUCCUCAGCUUGAGCCGCCGCGUGCGGGACUUCACAGCGUGGAUGAAGAAUCCAGUGGCGGCUUUGCCUGCGUCUCCGCCGCAGGCCCCGGCCGUCGUCUCCUCUGCUUGCCCGCCGGUGGAGGCCGCGACGGCGGCCGAAGACCGGCAGCGGGGCGGCGAUGACCCCGAGCAGGCCUCUGGGGCUCGCAGCGAACCCGGCAAAAAACCCGAGCCGCGCGUCUUCCACGGGGGAAGAGAGAUCGAACUCAUGUCGUAUCUCUCGCUGCGAUCGGCGGUUGACGCAGUCUCGCUUUCGAUUCGCGCGACUAAAGUUGCGAUUCAGAACGCCUCCUCGCGGCCAGCGCCUGCGCUACAGGCGCCUCCCUCGGCGUCUUCGUCGGCGGCCGCAGCGGCUGGAGGGCCGGGCGCGGGCCUGCCUCCUGUCUCCGGCGAAGGGGCGGGGGCGCCCGCCUGGGGCGGGCCCGCGGGCGCGACCGCGUUGGGCGCCCCGGCGCCGCGGCUGCAGCCCAUCGGGGGGGAGGAGGCCUGUGGCUGGCCCUGCUCGCCGCGCUCUGGCCUGACCUCUGCAGACGACGUUUCAGAAGACAAGUCGGACUUGGAUUCCUCCCGCACGCGCGGGCGGUCUUCCACGGUUUCUUCCUCUUUAGGGCCCGCCAGCGUAGCCUCGUCCCUCGCGCCGGCCUCUCCAGGCGCGUACUUUUACGGCCUGCCCUCUGGGGCGCCACAGCCCAAGGGGGAGCGGAGUGCCCGCGGGAGCCCUGGGGCGCCGGCGGGGGGGCGCGUCCCCGCGGCGCCCGGUGCGUCGUUUUCUUCCUCGGCCUCCGCGGUCUCCAAUUCAUCCUUCGCCUCCUCGCCCGCAGGCAGUUCGAGGCUCUCCGCGACCUCGGGGCUGCCCCACGCCCCGCGGGAUCGCCCGGGGGGCGGCCGCAUUCGGCUCGCUGUCUCCGCGGCCGCAGCUGCGGCAGUCUCCGCCGGCGGCGCGCAGCCUCACGCCGCCGCGACCGCGUACGGCGCGCCGUUCCUGUCGGGGGCGGACUCCGCCCCGGGGGGUCCUUCGGCGGCAGGCGGCGAGGCGCGGCGGCACCACCGCCACCACGGGUCGGGGAGGGAGAAGAAGGACAAAAAGUCGAAGCGCGGUCGCCGGGGUUCGCACGACGGCUCCUCGACGCGCAGGGAAACCUCGAGUUCCCACCGCGGCGGGGAAGAGGCGGCUGCCUUCGGCCCGCGCGGGCCUCUCGGGGCCCCGCCGUACGCGCCCCCGCACAGCGCACUGGGGAGCGCGUACCCCCCGCCGGGGGCUGCGGGCUUCCCCGCCUCUGCGGGAUUCAACGGAGGAGGGAGAGCGGAGGACGCGGCGGGUGCGGUACCCCGCCAGGGCUUGUUCUCCUCGCUUCAUCAGGGACCUGCGGGCACAGCUGGCGGUGCGUUCCCCAGCGCCUAUCCGCCGCAGCGGGAAGGCGAGGGCGGAGGCGGCAGAGUGAGAAUCAAUAUCGGCAACGCCGAACUGUUUGCGAGGCGAGGCUGA